CUCCCCUUCCCAAAAGGCAUUGGGGUUUUAGUGGGUGGUAGGCUGGUAGCUGAAGAGGCCACCAAUGGCGGCGUACGGCGGCGGUCCGUGGAGCACGGUUCCGGCCCGGUCCCGCAGGGCGGAGCCGAUCGCCCCCUCUCCUCGCGGCGGCAGCAGAGGCGGAGGCGACGACCGCGUGCCGGGGGUUGGCGAGCUCGCCGAGGCGGUGGAUGGACUUGAGAUCGGAGGCGACGGGGAGAGGCGGCUUGACAAGUACGACAUGCCGGUGGAUGUGAGCGGGAAGGGCGCGCCGGGCCCCGCCGAUGGGUUCGAAGCGGCCGGGCUGGCCGAGGCCGUGCUUCGGAACGUGGCUCGCUGCGGCUACGAGAGCCCCACGCCCGUGCAGCGCUACGCCAUGCCGAUCGUCAUGGCAGGGAGGGACCUCAUGGCGUGCGCGCAGACCGGGUCCGGUAAGACGGCCGCGUUCUGCCUCCCCGUCGUGAGCGGUCUCGUGGCGCCGGCGGGAGGAGGGAACGGGCACGGGCCGCGGGACAGAGGCUCAUUUGAUCGCGUCGCCGCCAAGCCACGGGCACUCGUCCUCGCGCCCACCAGAGAGCUUGCAGCCCAGAUUAACGAGGAGGCAAAGAAGUUUUCUUUCCAAACAGGACUCAGAGUUGUGGUAGCUUAUGGUGGAACACCAAUGUUUAGCCAGCUGCGUGAUUUAGAGAAGGGUGUUGAUCUUCUUGUUGCUACACCUGGACGCCUUGUGGAUUUGGUUGAGCGAUCACGGAUCUCUCUUGAGGCAAUUAAGUACUUGGUAAUGGAUGAGGCUGACAGAAUGCUGAAUAUGGGGUUUGAGCCUCAGAUACGAAAGAUAGUUGACAUGAUGAAUAUGCCAAAAAAGUCUGUAAGACAAACUAUGCUCUUCAGUGCAACCUUCCCACCAGAAAUACAGAGGCUGGCUACUGAUUUCUUGCACAAUUACAUAUUUGUUACUGUCGGAAGGGUUGGAUCAAGCACUGACCUGAUUGAUCAGAAAAUUGAGUUUGUUAAUGGCGGGGAGAAAAGGGGCUUCCUGUUGGAUAUUUUGCAGAAGCAGUCUGUUGGUCUGUCCAAAAACAAGCAACCCCUAACAUUGGUCUUUGUGGAGACGAAGCGGGAAGCUGAUUCACUGCAGUAUUGUCUACAAUCAAACGGUUUCUCUGCAACAUCAAUACAUGGUGACAGAACACAACAGGAGAGGGAGAGAGCACUGAAAUCCUUCAAGAGUGGCGCCACUCCUAUCUUGGUCGCCACCGAUGUAGCUUCAAGGGGUCUCGAUGUCCCGAACGUGGCCCAUGUGAUCAAUUACGACCUCCCCAAGAGCAUCGACGAUUACGUCCACAGGAUCGGAAGAACUGGGAGAGCCGGAAAGGCCGGGAAAGCCACCGCUUUAUUCACAGAGUCGAACCACCACCUGGCAAAGGACCUGCUGGAGCUGAUGACUGGAGCGAAGCAGGAUGUGCCUGAGUGGCUCGGGGACUAUGCAAGCAGGCCGUGCUCCGGGGGGUCCAGCUAUGGCGGUAGAGGCCGAAGGGGUGGCGGAGGUUUUGGCGGAAGAGACUAUCGCCUCAGCAGUGAUUAUGGAUACGGUGGCAACGGUGGUGUCUAUUCCAGCAGCGGUAGCAGCUACUCUGGCGGCGGCGGCGGUUAUUCCAGCCGCGGUGGCGGCUAUUCUGGCCGCGGUGGCGGCUAUGCCAGCCGCGGUGGUGGCUACUCUGGUGGUGCCAGCCGCGGUGGCGGCUACUCUGGUGGCCGUGGCGACUACUAUCGUGGUGGCUCUCGUGGCGGUGGUGGCAGCGACGGCUCCUACAGACAAAGUGCUCCUCCCCUGCCCUACCCGUCGUACCCCAGGGCCGCCGCGGACAUCAGCGCCUCUGGCUGGGACUAACCAAUGCCCACGCGUAUCCUUAACGCAAGUACCGUAUAGAUACAUAGCACUACGUCUGUAGUAGCUCGGUCUUGCGCUGGUCCUUUUGCCUUGGCGGCCCUCGUUGUGCUGUCAUAUACAUUGCCAUGGCCCUGUUGCAAAGGGUAAACUUGGGUCUUGGGGUUGGAUGAUUUUUUUUGCGUCAGUGGUGGGAGUAUUGCGACUAUGGAAACUCGGGACUUGCUGGUUGAACUUGAAGGUUAUAUAUAUAUGCAUUGUUACUC